ACUAGCGUACGGACCUGCAGGAAGACGCACAGCGAUCUGAACCUACGAUGCAGACACAGCCUCAGAUCUGCGAUAGCCGCGCAUUCUGCUCCGACCUGCGCCUCUGAUCACACGGAUUUUACAGAAACUGAUCUCAUUUUCUGGGACAUAUUUUAUGUUACAUUUCUAAAGGAGACGCCCUUUCACUAUUUUUUUUUUUUUAGUUUCAGAUAAAUGCAUUUCCUUCCAUUUCAGUGAGAAUUGGGUCAUGAUCACAUCGCCCUCGGUAUCUGCUCUGAGAAAUAGUAUUACUAAUCAAGUCUGGGAAAGCAGUAGUUGUGGGAAGAACAGCUCCGCGAACGUAAAUAAACCUUUCCUUCACUCCGUUCCUCCCUCGGACCCUCUACGGCAAGCUAACCGUCUGCCCAUCAAGAUUCUGAAAAUGCUCACAGCACGGGCAGGGCACAUUUUGCACCCAGAGUAUCUCCAGCCCUUGCCAUCUACACCGAUUAGUCCAAUUGAGUUAGAUGCCAAGAAAAGUCCGCUGGCUCUUUUGGCACAAACGUGCUCUCAAAUCGGAAAGCCGGAUCCCCCUCCCUCUUCAAAACUGUCCUCUGUCACAAAUGGAUCUACUGACAAAGAUUCCAAAUCCGGUCCCUUGAAAAUGAGUGACAUCGGAGCUGAAGACAAAUCUAGCUUCAAACCUUACUCAAAAUCAUCUGAAAAGAAGGACUCGUCCUCCGUGGUUUCUAGUGGAGAUAAAACUGGUUUCCGUGUACCUAGCGCCACCUGCCAGCCGUUUACUCCAAGGACAGGCAGCCCGAAUUCCUGCACUUCGGCGUCUCCACUCCCGACAGAGGGCAAAUCAGGAGACAGGGAGGAAAAGAAAGAUUCUGAUAGUCAUAAAAAUAUCACAACGGAGGGCCCGGGAUCCAAUAGUGUCAGUCACAGCAGGAUAAGUGUAAACUGUGGUGGAAUUAACGUGGAGGUCAACCAGCACCAGGACACACCUGGAUCGAAAGCUAUAACGUCGGACUCUUCAUCUGUAUCUUCAGCUUCCUCCGUUCUCGGAUCUGGGCUUGUAGCACCCGUUUCCCCAUACAAACCCGGUCAAACCGUCUUUCCUCUCCCACCUGCUGGCAUGUCAUACCCUGGGUCCUUAGCGGGGGCCUAUGCUGGCUAUCCUCAACAUUUUCUGCCGCACGGAGUGACUUUAGAUCCAACUAAACCCAGUCAUUUACUUAAUGCGCAGUUCGCCGCUGCAAGUUCACUGGGCUGCAGUAAAGCUGGAUCAAGUCCUUUAGCAGGAGCAUCACCGCCGUCGAUUAUGUCUGCCAGCCUUUGCAGAGACCCUUACUGCCUAAGUUACCACUGCGCAAGCCACUUGGCUGGGGCAGCCAGUGCCUCUUGCUCGCAUGAGUCAGCCGCAGCUGCCGCAGCGGCCUCCGCUCUCAAGUCUGGAUACCCUCUCAUGUACCCAACGCACCCGUUACACGGCGUUCACUCCUCACCGCCAUCUUUUGCGGGACACCCCCUGUACCCUUACGGCUUCAUGCUCCCCAAUGAUCCCCUACCGCACGUCUGUAACUGGGUGUCGGCGAAUGGACCUUGUGACAAGCGUUUUUCUUCCUCAGAAGAACUUCUAAACCACUUGCGGACCCACACUGCCUUCACUGGGACGGAGAAAUUGAUAUCAGGAUACCCUAGCUCAUCGUCAUUAGCUAGUGCUGCAGCAGCAGCCAUGGCAUGCCACAUGCACAUGCCCCCAGCCGGAGCUCCUGGCAGCCCCGGAACAUUGGCACUAAGGAACCCGCAUCACGCCCUAGGACUAAGCAGCCGCUACCAUCCGUACUCAAAGAGCCCUUUGCCAACCCCUGGCGCACCAGUUCCGGUACCCGCGGCUACAGGUCCAUAUUACUCUCCAUAUGCAUUGUACGGACAGAGACUUACCACAGCGUCAGCGCUUGGAUAUCAGUAAAAACUAAUGUUUAAAAAAGUAAAAAAAAAAACAAAAAAACAAAAAAAAGACUUUUAUACUGACUGUCCACUUCAGGACUGGAUCCGUGGACCCGUUGUAUUUAUUUAUGGUAGCUUCAAGCGGGACAAUAAUAAAAUAAUAAAAAACUGAAAGAGAAACUCAAAGUGCAUUACUUCAAAAUGAACUCUAUAGGAAAAGUGAAACGCCAAUGGUAGACUACGACUGAAAAUAGGGUUUUUGGUUUUGUUUUUGUUUUUGAUUUCGAUGUUUAUUUGAAAUUGCUAUGAUUGUAUCGUAUGUUCUUAUUUAAUGUCUCCUUGAGAAGAAAAUAAUUUACAUGCAUGUUUGUUACUAAAAUCCCAACUUGUCCUUAUAAUUUUAAAUUGCAAUUAUUUUUAAGGUGUAUACCAUGAAAAGAGAGUGGUAUUUUUUGUAUGUAUUCUGGAAAAAUAAGAAACCGUUCUAUUCCAACA